AUGACAUCUCCGUCCUUCUCUUCUUCUCUCGAUGAUGCCACACUCUCAACAACAUCCAACAACUUGACAUUACCUCCUCUUCAGCCUCCACCGGAUGUCCUUCUUUUCUUUUACAACGUUUCCGAUUUUGAAAAGUUAGUUUCUCCUCUCACCAACUAUUCUCAAAUUGCUCAAGAAAUUAUUGUCAUGACCUCUUCUUCCACCACAUUGGGUUGGAUUAUCAUUCCAUUGAGAAUUAUUGUCACGAUCAUUGAUGUCAUUCUUUUGAUUGGUGUUUGCAUGCUUCGAAAUUGGGAACCUGUGAAAUCCAAAAUGAUUCCAAGCUUGACCUUGUUAUUUGUGAAUUUUAUUGGUAAUUUGCAAACUAUUAUUGACAAGCUUCCAGUGGUGAAAUUGUUGUUUCAAAGUUAUUGGAAUGAAUACUUGUUGGAAAAAUUGGCAAAUCCAUUGUUAGAUGCCAGCACUUACUAUUCUGAACAUUUAUUUGGACCUUAUCAAUUACCUCAAUGGUUUUUAGAUUGGGCUGUUUUUUCCAAUGUGUAUUGCUAUCUUGUGGCGUAUGGAUUAUAUUCUAUUUCAAUCUUGGGAGUUGUUGUUUACAAUGUUCAAUUGUUAAGAUUUUUUGUGUUAACUUUUCUGAAGGAAAGAAAAGAUCAGUUUCGAAAUGCAAUUAAUGAAUUUAAGGAAAAAAAAUGGAAAAGUGGAGGAAUGUGA